AUGAACAGUCAAAAUGAUCCUGAGAAACGAGGCUAUUUUGACCACGCUAUCAGGAGCAACCCACCCCAGAGAUACUACGAUACUAUGCUUGCUCCCAAAGCUGUGAUUCUAGUCCAACCUCGAUGGUUCCCAGUCUUUGAAGGAGACAUUGUGACUCUCACCUGUAAGGGAUCUUCCUCCUCAGCUUUGGGCGAUACAUCUUGGUAUUAUGAAGAAAGUUUGUUGGGAGUAAAAUCUGAACAGAUUAAAGCAAGAUACCCUGGAAAGUAUAAAUGUAAGACCAGAGAAUCCUCACUCAGUGACCCUUUGCAUGUGGAGUUUUCAUCUGACUGGCUGAUCCUCCAGGCUUUACAUCCUAUCUUUGAAGGAGAGUAUGUCAAUAUAACUUGCAGGGGGAAAAAGGACAAUGAAAUUAUUGAAAGGUUUUACUAUAAGGAUGGACAAGAACUUGAUAUAUUUGAAAAUCAAAAGUUCAUCAAACUAUAUUCUGUCUCUGGGGACAAUAGUAAAUAUUCUUGUGCUGCUUCUAAGAAAAAAUGGUGGUCACCAAAAAAGAUGACACAUUCAAAACCUCUACAGAUUCAAGUUCAAGAACUGUUUCUAACUCCUGAGCUGACAGCCAGCCCUCCCAAUCCCGUGGAAGGGAGGCCCGUGACCCUGAAAUGUGAGACCCAGCUUUCUCCACAGAGGUCAAACAUUGAGCUUCAAUUCUGCUUCUUCAGAGAAGGUCAGACUUUUGGGAAAGGCUGGAGCAGGGUCCCAGAACUCCAGAUUCCAGCUAUGUGGGGUGAAGACUCAGGAUCUUACUGGUGCGAGGCACAGGCAGUAAUUAGCGGAAUCAGAAAACGGAGUCUCUCAUUACAGAUUCGAAUCCCUGUAUCUGCAGUAAAUCUAGAGAUCCUGCCUCCUGGAAGACAAGUGGUUGAAGGAGAAGAUCUGGUCCUUGUUUGCUCUGUAGCCAAUGGCACAGGAACUAUCACGUUCUCCUGGCAUAAAGAGGGCUCAAUAAGUCUGGGGCGAAAGACUGAGCGUUCCUCAUGGGCAGAGCUGCAGAUCCCUGCUGUGAAAGAAAGUGAUUCCGGCAGAUACUACUGUACAGCUGACAACUCCCACGGCCCCGUCCUCAGCAAGUGGGUUAGAGUCACUGUGAGAGUUCCAGUGUCUCGUCCUGUCCUCACUCUCCGGACUCCCCGGAUCCAAGCUGUGGUAGGAGACAUAAUGGAGCUUCACUGUGAGACCCAGAGAGGCUCUCCUCCAAUCCUCUACCAGUUUUAUCGGGAGGAUGUCAUACUGGGGAAUAGCUCCGGCCCCUCUAAAGGCGUCUCCCUCAACAUAUCUUUGACCCUAGAACAUUCUGGAAACUAUUCUUGUGAGGCCAACAAUGACCUGAAAGCCCAGCGCAGUCACAGAGUGAUGCUUAAUGUCAUAGAUCCAGUGUCUCGGCCUGUCCUGACCUUCAGAGAUCCCUGGGCUGCAGCAGGGGAUGUGGUGGAGCUCUAUUGUGAGGCUCAGAAAGGCUCUCCCCCAAUCCUGUACCAGUUCUACCAGGAGAAUGUCACUCUGGGAGAAAGCGUGGCUCUUUAUGCAGGACGAGCCACUUUCCGCCUCUUUCUGACAACAGAGCAUUCCGGGAACUACUUCUGUGAAGCCAGCAAUGGCCUGGAGGCUCAGCGCAGCGAAGUGGUGACACUCAGUGUCGUAGGGUCUUCCAGAAAUAGAACAGGUUCUAUAACUUCAGGAGUUAUCGGUGGGCUGCUCAGCGUCCUUGGCCUGGCUGCUGCUCUGCUGUUCUGCUUUAGGACCCAGAGGAAAUCAGGAGGAAUUGUUGCCACUGGGAUAUCAAGAUCCAACGAGUUUCCAGAAGUUUCCUUGUCCAGACUCUCUGACACAAAUCCUCGGGAACCCUCCUAUUCCGAGUCAUUGGGCUCUGAGGAAAUGCAUCCAGUGUACAGCAACGUAAAUCCUGCAGAUAGCAAUCUGCUUUAUUCCGAGAUCGUGAGCAUACAGCAUAUAAAAGGAAAUUCAGUUCUGGCAAAUCUUUGGCUCCCUGAGAAUCUUCUGUAUGGCCUUAGAAAGCUAACUUUCUUUCUGGUCUUUUCUAAAUUCUUUGUGCAAAGUGAGGAACUUCGAGUGAUCUAUUCAGAGUUGAAGAAGGCACACCAGGAGAACUCCCCAGGGCAGGUCAACAGUAGAGAGAGAGACAAUGAAGAUGCUACAGACAACUAUGAAAAUGUCUCAUGUAAAUCAUAG